AUGCCACAUGCCUUCCCAUUUAUCCUCCCCCCACCUGCCUUCUUCAUCCCACCCAUCCCUUCCCCCCCAUCCCAUCCCACCCAUCCCAUCCCACCCAUCCCUUCCCACCCACAUCCCUUCCCACCUAUCCCUUCCCACCCAUCCCUUCCGACCCAUCCCUGCCCACCCAUUCCUGGCCAAUCAGGUACGUACACGUGGGAGACGAAUAGUGUACGCACACGUGUGAGUGAGCUGAAUAGUGUACCGUUGAUCGCAUGCUCAAAGUCUGGCCGCUCGCUCUCCUCCUCUCCUCCUCAGCACCACCACCUCAAGUCUGAUCGCACGCUUAAAGUCUGGCCGCUCGCGGCCCUCCUUUCCUCCUCAGCAGCAGCGCUGCCUCGUGGGAGGGGUGGUGUGCUUCGUCUCAAGUCAGGUGCCACAGUGGCAGCACACGACAAGGACAUCAACGCUGUAGCUGUGGCUCCCAAUGAUGGCCUCGUGUGCUCCGGCUCCCAGGACCGCACGGCCAAGGUGUGGCGUCUCCCCGACCUCUCGCUCUCCGUGACACUAAGAGGCCACAAGCGGGGCGUGUGGAGUGUCGCCUUCUCCCCCGUGGAUCGCUGUGUGCUCACGGCUUCAGGCGACGCCACGUGCCGCAUCUGGGCGCUGGCGGAUGGCAGCUGCUUGCGCACGCUUCAAGGGCACGAGGCAUCAGUACUGAAAGCCAUCUUUGUUACUCGAGGCACACAGGUGGUGUCAACGGGAGCGGACGGGCUGCUGAAGCUGUGGAGUGUGAAGGGCGGGGAGUGUGUGAACACGUUCGAUGAGCAUGAGGAUAAGAUAUGGGCGCUGGCAGUGAGCCCAGGAUCGGAGAUGCUGGCGACAGGUGGCAGCGACUCAUUGGUGCACGUGUGGCAGGACUGCACGCAGCAGGAGCAGCAAGAGGCCGCCCUGGAGCAGGUCAAGGCAGUACAGCAGGAGCAGGCGAUGCGCAACGCAGCUGUAGCGGAGGACUAUGUGACGGCGCUACAGCUGGCGCUGCAGCUGCAGCGACCCACCACCAUGGCAGCACUGCUCUCAGAUCUCAUGAAGAAGGAAGGUGCGGAGGAGAGGAUAGGAGGGGCGGUGGCGGGGCUAGAACCCACACAGCUGCGGCAGCUGCUGCUGUACGCACGUGAAUGGAACACCAACGCCAAGCUGUGCUUGUCGGCGCAACGCCUGCUGGCUGCAGUGUUGAAGCACCACCCCCCAGCAACGCUCAUGCAGAUCCCAGGAAUCGGGGAGAUUCUGGACGGGCUGCAACCAUACACGCAGCGCCACCUGGCGCGUCUCGAGCGCGUGUUGCGGAGCUCCUACCUUGUCGACUACACUCUCGCCGCCCUCACCAUGCUACAGCCGACCGCUGACCUGGCGGUGCAUGCUGACGUGGCGCUACAGCCGGGUGCUGAGCUGGCGCUGAUGGACGGCAAAGCUGCCCUGGUGCUACAGGCCAAAGCUGCCGCCCAGGAGAGGCCUUCUGGUUUGGAAGUACUGAAGGAGAAGGUGAGGAGGGAGAGUGAGAGGAGGGAAAGAGGUGAGAGGGGGAGAGGGGAGGAGGGGAAGGGAGAUGGGAGUGAGAAGGGAGGAGGGGAGUAUAGUGAGGUGGAUGCUGCUAUGAAGAUGUGGAGGUAUCUGGAGAGUAAGAGAGAGGAGGAAUUGAAGGGGAAGGAGGGUAAGGGAGAGGGAGAGGAAGAGGAGAGGGAGGAUGGGGAAGAGGAGUUGGAGGAAGGGGAAGAGGAUUUGGAGGAAGGAGAGGAGGAAAGGGAAGAUGGAGAGGAGAAUGGGGAAGUAGAGGGGAGUGAGGAGGACGAGGAAGAAGGUGGGGAGGAGGAAGGAGAGGAGGCAGGGGAGGAAGAGUCAGAGGAAGAGAUAGAAGAAGAGGAAGAGGAAGGAGAGGAAGGGGAAGAGGAAGGAGAGGAAGGGGAAGAGGAAGGAGAGGAAGGGGAAGAGGAAGGAGAGGAAGGGGAAGAGGAAGGAGAGGAAGGGGAAGAGGAAGGAGAGGAAGGGGAAGAGGAAGGAGAGGAAGGGGAAGAGGAGGACGCAGGAGAAGAGGCUGAAGAAGAAGCAGAAGGGACAGGGGAGGAGGAAGAGAGCGAAUCAGAGGAGGAAGAGGAGGAGGAGCACCGUGGCAGGCAGGCAAGAGUCCAAGCCCUGGUGCACAAGGGAAAGAAAGGGGUUGAGAAGCAAAUGAGCGCGGCACACAAAGGUCCGGCGGCACAGAAGCGUGUUUCCAAGAGCAAAGCACAGACAGCAGGACAUGCUGUGCCUAGCAAGAAGCAGAGGAUGAGAUGA